AUAUAGAGAGAGAAAGAUUAAAAAAAAAAAGGCUGUGUCUUUCUCACUCUAGGAGGUGGGAGAAGAGUCCACCCCACCCAACCCUCUUCCCAAUGGCCCAGCUGGACCGAAGAAGAAAAACCCAAAAAAGAAAAUGGCUGCCGCGUUAUUUUAGUGCGAGAAAAAAGAGGAACAAAACAUGGAAUCGAAGGAACAGGUCUCAUCUCUACGUAUAAUUGCCCCUUCUGCAACACGAAAAAAACCCUUCUUCAUUCAUCCCCAUCAUCAACAACAGCAGCUGCAACAACAACAACCACCAACAACAGCAACCUUUGUGUCUCUCCAAACGGCUAUUAUUAUGUCUUUUCUAUUUAAUCCUUGCCCGAAUUACGUGGGCUUGUUGGGGGUAACAAGAAAAUUCAGAAAAGGAAUUCCCACGCAGGUCAGGAAACAGCAAAUCGAAGAAAGAAAGAAAGAAAGAAAGAAAGAAAGAAACUCUCUCUAUCCAUCUCCCCUCCCUAUUUUCUCUCUCCCUCUCUUCUAUCUAUCUGUCGUAUCUAUCCCUUUUCUUGCCCUUUCUUUUAAUGCCUUGCCCACCUCUCCUUUCGCACUCGUCUCUAUCCCCACCCGCAAUUGCCCUUUCCCUUCCCUUCCCGUCUCCUUCUCUUCUCCUCCCAAACUUUUUUCUUUUCUGUUAAUCGCUGGGCGGGCGUUUUCAAGAUCGGAGGGUUCUUUCGUUCUGUGAUCUGAUUUUGAUUAUGUCGAAGAAGAAGAGUAAAAGUGUGGCUUUUGAUUCGACGACGCCUUCGUUUGGUGUUGGAGGGUGUGAAGGUUCUAUAUCCAUGGCUUCCCUGAAGCAUCAGUCUCUUAUCCACGACUACGUCGAGUUGCAGAAGGAAGUCAGUGGUUUGAGAGGUUCAUUGGAUUCUGCUAAACAGAGGAAGCAGAUUCUUGCCGCCGAAGUUCGAUUUCUCCGUGAAAGGCACAGACAACUUUCCGAAACAAAGAAUUUGACCGUGACGCACGAACACAUCGCGCCAUUGCCAAAGCGAACCAAAAAGCCGAAAGAUCAAAUUCUCCGCGUAAAAGAGUCGAGACGGAAUGGUUUGCCUCCAGCUCUGGAACAACCGAAGCCCAAGAAGAAACAAAGCAUCGGUAAACAAGUAGCUACGUGCGACACUUCCGUAGAGAACAUUCGGGCAAUCAAGAAAACGACGUAUAAUGAAAAAGACCCUCCGACGAAUAUCUUCGCCACUACGAUUUUCAACAAGGACCUGAAAGAAAGAACGUUCGGCGCUAUCGAUUUUCCAAUUUGCGCUUUCGAUUUAAACCACGAUAGCCUUAGCCAAACCCAUCCCGGCACUUUUUUCCCCCGAGCACCAAUAUUCGACUUGAACCAAGUCUCGACGGGAGAAGAAGACUUCUCGAGCAAUGGCGAAGCAGCGAAGUUCGACCCACAGACCGAUUUGAAGCUUUCCAUUUGUCGAAAUUCCGGCGAAGGUUCUUCCCGCGUGGGUAAGCGAAAGAUCUCUUGGCAGGAUCCAGUUGCGUUGAGAGUUUGAUGCUCGGAUUAUCGGUAACUUUACAAAUUUCUUUAUGUGGCGAGAAAGUGGGAGGGAGAUAGUUUUUCGACUAUACGUGAUCUAUGAGACUGGAAAAUUGAUUGCUUACGAUGAGUAAUCGACAAUGUGAUACUUAAUUUGUUAGAAUGCUUAUAGCUUCAUUUGAUUAUUCGAUUCUAACGAUGUCGAUUUUAGAAUUUGUCGAUAUUUUAGUCUUCCGGUGAUUGGAGAUGUGCUCGAACGUCAUCGAUUCUUUUUUACUUGUGUAUAAAUGCCGGAAAUUUGAACAUUGUAGCUGUCUCUUCGAAUAGUAUACUCGGUUUUCAGUUUUUAUUCA